AUGCCAGAACCUGCCGACAAGGAAGUCAGGGCUCCCGAUCAGCUAGCUGCCUCCAUUCAACCCAACGAUGCCACAGAGGCCGUUGGAGGCCCGGCCGUCCCCAGCCCAGAGCAUGACGAGAGGAUCGAGGAGAGGAAGAGCUUGAGUGACGAAGAUGAGACGGUCAAAAGGGUCAAGCUCCAGCGAUCAGCGAGCCAUGCCACUGAUGUCAGUGCGACCACCACUGCUUCAAGACCACCACCUCCUGAAAAGAAGCCGUGGUACAAAACGCCAAAUCCCUUGCGGUGGGGCUCUAUACCGCCAGUGCCCGAAGAACGCGGCGAAUCUAGAGAGUAUCACGCUGGUUUCUUUAGUUUGUUGAUAUUCCACUGGAUGGGACCGCUAAUGAACGUUGGCUACAAGCGGCAAUUGGAGCACAAUGAUCUAUGGCACGUCAACCCGGAUCGCACAGCCGAGAAAUUGUCGUUGAAGCUCCAGGCCUCGUUUGAGAAGCGCGUCAAAAAAGGGGAGAAGUAUCCUCUGCUAUGGGCCAUGCAUGAAACCUUUUUCUUCGAGUUCUGGCUCGGUGGCAUGCUUCAAGUCAUGUCAACAGUCUUCCAGGUCUUAUCUCCCUUUACGCUGCGUUUCCUCAUCCAGUUCGCCAACGAUGCCUGGGAUGCCACACGCAACGACUCGCCACCUCCUCCGAUCGGCCACGGCAUCGGCCUCGUCCUUGGCGUAACUUUCAUGCAGGUUUUCCAGAGUUUGGGCACGAAUCACUUCAUUUAUCGCGGCAUGAUCGUCGGAGGCCAGGCGCGAGCCGUACUCAUCAGUGUCAUCUUCGAGAAGUCCAUGUCUAUAUCUGGCAGAGCUAAAGCUGGCGGACUGCUGGUCGCUGACAGUCCCGGCGCUAAAGCUGGCAAGGGACAUGGCGACCAAGUGAAGCAGAAGGCAAAGAAGCAGAAGAAGACCAAAAAUGCAACGGAACCUGCCAAAGGGCCGGGGGUAUCGGGCGAUGGCACCGGCUGGGGCAAUGGCCGCAUCGUCAACCUGAUGAGCGUUGACACGUACCGCAUCGACCAAGCCUCAGCCCUCUUCCACAUGAUAUGGACAGCCCCCAUAUCCAUUCUCAUCACCUUGGCUCUCCUGGUCGUAAAUCUGAGUUACAGCGCAUUGGCUGGCUUCGCACUUCUGGUCAUCGGCAUUCCUCUCCUCACCAGAGCCAUCAGAAGCCUCUUCAGAAGGCGCAAGGCCAUCAACAAAAUUACCGAUCAGCGAGUCAGUCUGACUCAGGAAGUGCUGUCCUCGGUUCGGUUUGUCAAGUACUUUGGCUGGGAGACCGCGUUCCUCGAUCGUCUCAAGGAGAUUCGCAAGCGCGAGAUCUACAGCAUCCAGAUCCUCCUGGCGAUCCGAAACGCAAUCAACGCCGUCAGCAUGUCAUUGCCCAUCUUCGCUUCCAUGUUGGCGUUUAUCACAUACUCUCUCACGAACAAUAACAUGAACCCUGCCGAGGUUUUCUCCUCUUUGGCGCUCUUCAAUGGACUGAGAAUGCCCCUGAACCUGCUACCUCUAGUUCUUGGGCAAGUCGUCGAUGCAUGGUCAUCCGUCAAGCGUAUUCAAGAAUUUCUGCUCGCGGAAGAACAAGAGGAGGAUGUUGUGCGGAAGCCUGACGGCAAGCAUGCUCUAGAGAUGCAUGCCGCUGAUUUUACCUGGGAGAGGACGCCUACUCAAGACGCCGACAAGGUUGCCGAUGCCACGAAAGGUGCCAACGACACCAAAACGAUGAGCGAGACUGAGAAAUCUGGACAGCGGCCACCGUCUGCUGGCGACAGUUCAGGUGGCAGCACUCUUAUCGAAGAAGAGCGAGAGCCAUUCAAGCUGCAAGGCAUGGACUUUCAGAUCCACCGCAAUGAGCUGGUUGCGGUCAUUGGGACUGUGGGCAGUGGUAAAAGCUCUCUUCUCGCUGCAUUGGCAGGCGACAUGAGGAAAACGUCAGGUGAGGUCGUCUUGGGCGCGUCGAGAGCUUUUUGCCCUCAGUACGCGUGGAUUCAGAAUGCGACUGUCAGGGAUAAUAUUCUUUUCGGAAAAGACAUGAACAGGGAGUGGUAUAACGAGGUCAUCGAUGCAAAUCGGCGAGCGAGGCAUCACUAUCUCUGCGGGCAGAAGCAGCGCCUAAACAUCGCCAGGGCAAUAUACUACGACUCAGACAUUGUUCUCAUGGACGACCCCCUCAGUGCUGUUGACGCUCAUGUUGGACGCCACAUCUUCGACAGCGCCAUUCUUGGAUUAUUGAAGGACAAGUGCCGUAUUCUUGCCACGCAUCAACUUUGGGUACUCAACCGAGUCGAUCGAAUUAUUUGGAUGGAGGGUGGCAAAAUCAUGGCUGUGGACACUUUCGACAAUUUGAUGAAGAAUUACGAGAGCUUCCGGCAACUGAUGGAAACGACCGCAGUCGAACAGACCAGCGAGGCCACUCCUCAGACAAAUGAGCCAGUAGCCGCGAGCAGCGGCAAGAAAAAGAAAAGUGCUGCGUUGAUGCAGCAAGAAGAAAAGGCUGUAUCCAGUGUGCCUUGGUCGGUUUAUAACGCAUACAUUCGCGCAUCAGGCUCGAUCUUCAACGCCCCCCUGGUCUUGUUUCUGUUGGCCCUCUCAUUAGGAGCCAACCUCAUGACUGGUCUGUGGCUAUCUUACUGGACCAGCGACAAGUAUGGCAUGACGACAGGCGCCUACAUUGGCAUCUAUGCUGCGCUCGGCGUUCUUCAAGCAUUGCUCAUGUUUGGCUUUUCAAUCUGUCUUUCCAUCUUCGGCACCGCAUCCAGUCGAGUCAUGCUUCGCCAGGCUGUCACGAGAGCACUACGAGCACCUAUGUCCUUUUUCGACACGACACCCCUGGGACGAAUCACCAAUCGCUUCUCGAGGGAUGUGGAUGUCAUGGACAACACGCUGACGGAUGCCAUGAGAAUGUACUUUCUCACACUCGGCAUGAUCAUAUCCGUUUUUGCACUCAUCAUCGCCUUCUUCCCCUGGUUUGCCAUCGCACUGGUACCCUUAUUCUUCAUGUUUAUCUUUGCCGCAGCUUACUACCGCGCAUCAGCUCGAGAGGUCAAGCGUUUCGAGUCGGUCCUGCGGUCGACUGUUUUCGCCAAAUUCAGCGAAGGGCUUAGUGGCGUGGCUAGUAUUCGGGCGUACGGCCUGAAGCAGCACUUCAUCGAGGAUCUUCGCAAUUCUAUCGACGAGAUGAAUACCGCGUACUACCUUACCUUCUCAAACCAACGGUGGCUGUCAGUGCGGCUUGAUGCGAUCGGUAAUCUGCUUGUCUUGACUGUAGGUAUCCUUGUCGUUACCUCGCGAUUCAGCGUCUCUCCAAGCAUCGGCGGUCUAGUAUUGAGCUACAUCUUGGGCAUCGUUCAGAUGAUUCAGUUCACUUACUAUGGGACUCAGUUGGAAGAAGAGGCGCCUCUACACACGAUCGAGGUGCGGCCAACGUGGCCAGAGAAGGGAGAGAUCAUCUUUGACAACGUUGAGAUGCGCUAUCGCGCCCAGCUACCGCUCGUUUUAUCAGGUCUGUCGAUGCAUGUUACGGGUGGUGAGCGAGUGGGCAUAGUGGGGAGGACGGGAGCAGGCAAGAGUUCCAUCAUGUCGACCCUGUUCCGGCUCGUGGAGCUGUCAGGCGGCCACAUCACUAUCGAUGGCAUCGAUAUCUCCACCAUCGGACUCCAUGAUCUGCGAUCCCGCCUCGCCAUCAUCCCGCAGGACCCAACCCUGUUUCCGCGGCACCGUGCGCUCAAACCUCGACCCCUUUUCAUGAGCAUACGGAUUUGGAGCUGUGGUCAGCUUUUGCGACAGGCUGAUCUUGUACCGGCCGAUGCCCGUCCCGAUGAGCCGCGGACCAAGGACUCCCCGCGUGUGCACCUUGACAUGGUUGUCGAGGAGGGAUGGCCUCAACUUCUCCCUCGGCCAGCGGCAGCUUAUGGCAUUAGCACGCGCUCUUGUUCGCGGCGCCCCGUAUUAUUGUCUGUGACGAGGCUACAAGCUCUGUCGAUAUGGAGACGGACGACAAGAUCCACCCACACUAUCGCAACGGGCUUCCGUGGGCGCACGCUCCUCAGCAUUGCUCACCGGCUGCGCACUAUCAUUGGCUACGACCGUAUCUGCGUCAUGGACGCCGGACGCAUCGCAGAGCUUGGCACGCCGCUCGAGCUUUGGCAGCGGGAUGGAAUAUUCAGAGGCAUGUGUGACCGAAGCGGCAUACGCGUCGAGGACAUUAAAAGCGCCAGCGCCGAGAUGGGCACGGCUCAUGAGGCGGGCGUUGAGUCGCUCGAGGCUGGGAAGAAGGAAGAAAAUUUCUGA